CAAAUAUCAAACCCACGGAGAACAAACACGAGAUAAUUUUUAAUGGGGUUAUAUCUUCAAAAACUAAAACCAAACUAGAAAUUUAGGAAGAUUGAAUGAAAAUCAAUUAUUAAUAGACAAAAAGAAGAGAAUUAUUAUAAGAGAACUACAAUCUAUGAUUUUCCCAAUUGCUCACUCAAUUUCUGUGUUUGUUUCAAUUCAAGAGAUGCUUUAAAACCUUUCUUGAAGCUCUGUGGAAGAGAAAUCAGGGAAAUGGGUCUGGGAAAUCUGAAGCAAUUGACACCUUUUGUCAAAGAAGCAUUUCAACAAACACUACUCGUGGCCAAGUUCCUCUGUGGUCUUCAUGUCACCAACACCUACCUCUGCACCUUCGCUCUCACUCAAGGUCCAAGCAUGCUUCCAACGUUUAAUCUGACUGGAGAUCUCGUUUUGGCCGAAAGGCUUUCGACUCGGUUUGAGAAAAUGCAACGGGGCGAUGUAGUGCUAGUGCGGAGCCCCGAAAACCCGAGAAAGAUUGUGAUUAAGAGACUCAUGGGUAUGGGUGGUGAUACUGUUAAAUAUGUUGCGGGUCCUGGAAAUAAUGACAAAGAACAUACUAUUGUGGUACCAAAUGGACAUGUUUGGAUUGAAGGGGAUAACAAGUUUAAUACCACUGAUUCAAGGAAAUUUGGACCUGUUCCUUAUGGACUUGUGCAGGGCAGAGUCUUUUGGAUUGUAUGGCCUCCUGAAGAUUUUGGAUCAGUUGGAAGAGAAGUACAAUAGAUUAACCUUUCAAGAUACUUAGAAGCUGGUAUGUGUUAGAGAAUCUCAAAUCCACACAGAAUGGCUCGAUAGUUAUGGGCACGUGGAGUAGAUUGGAAUCUUUAUGAAACAAGAUGGCUAUUCAAUUUACUCAAGGUAGGAAGAUUCCUCUGAAUUGUUAUGCAUGAGUGUAAGGGAAAAACGUCGAAUGGACAGUAGCAACUAUAGUCAAUCUUUUUAUGUUAUGCAGGGUAAGUUUUUGUGCUAGCAGAUACUAUGAAAUACUACUGAUUUUAGAUAAUUGUAAGAAAUAUAUUUCUGCAUAAACCAUCUUGUGCUCUAGGUAAAAAGUAACUAUUUUAUGCUAGUGAUCAAGCAAGCAUUAACUCUGAAAUCUUGGAAAUAUAUUUGUCUUGAGUAGCCUUUGACAGUACGGACAGAUUUCUACAGAUAUUAACAUAAAUUUGAUUUGAAUUGCAUAUCAUGUGGUCCCUUUGUAAAGAUGGACUUUCAACAUGACUCCGGAGUUCAAAAGAACUGUACACACCCUUGAAAUAGAUGAUAUCUGACUGAGAUUUGAGACGCUUCUUCCAGGUUGCUGUAGGGUAUUAAAUGUCAUAACUUUUGAAGAAGUUAUCUGAACUUGAUAUGUGUUAAAGCUUCAUGUAUCCACUUAAUAAUAGGUAGCAACAUGGUUAGCAAUCAAAUAUUCUGCUUAGGUAUCUUCCUAGUGUUUCUGCCUAAAGUUCUCUUUUUUGUUUCGGGUAAAUCAAAUUUCUUCCUAGUGGUUUGCUUGUAGGAAAUUUGCACUUCUUCAAACUAAGCUUCUUGUUUGCUUAAUGUUUAAUCUAACGUAUUGCGUCCUAAUAAUAAUUGUAUAAAGUACCAAACUUCAUUGGCUGUGGCCUGUGACCGAAAAGGUGUGUGCUUGGUAGGAAAUCCUCUGCGUAGUAUUCUGAUUCGUUUGUUAUAUUGCUUUCCAAUACAAAGGCCUUGUUAGAUGGCAUUCUAUUAUGGUGGCCCUUGUGAUUGCCUGUUUUUCUUGUGGAAAGAUGAAUCUGAUUAAUGCUGACUUUACCUUGGUGUUCUC